UUUAAUUCAUGCAAAAUAUUGUUAUAGCAUCGUCGUCGCGCCUUUAGCACGUACGGCCGUGGAAGAAACAUUUCGCGCUCGCGCACAUUCGCGUGUCCUCGCGACUAUCCGAAGUUCACGGAGAAAAAAAAAAACAGGCGUAGAAAAUGACCAUUUUACUCCUUGAUCUUUUCGGCCGAUUAAAACACGUGUGGAAACUUUGGUACCUGGUUAAUCCUCGCGAAACAACUUUUGAAUUCGCGUACGAAGUUCCCGAUUAUCAACAACAGGUAUGGUUUCCGUUCUUCAUUCUUAUCAUACUGGAGCAGAUCAUACUAAGAAUGAAGAAAAAGAGGUUUCGUUUCAACGAUCAAAUAACAUCAUUAUCUCACUGGAUGUUUCAAGAAACUGGCCGUAUCCUCUUCCGCGGCGCGGAAUAUUACGUAUACAUCGUAAUUUACGAGAAAUAUCACUGGUGGAAUCUGCCCUGGAACUCAGCAUGGACUUGGUGGAUCACUGCUGUUGGGGUGGAUUUUUGUUACUAUUGGGUUCACCGCAGUAACCACGAGGUACACUUUUUAUGGGCUCACCAUCAAGUGCACCAUAGUAGCGAGGAGUUCACUCUCGCGGUUGGUCUGCGGCAGUCUGUGUUGCAACACUGGUGUAACUUCAUGUUUUAUUUGCCUCUUGCCUUAUUUAUAUCUCCGUCCCAUUUCAUUGCACACAACCAAUUCAACUUAAUUUAUCAAUUAUGGAUUCAUACGACAGUCAUCGACGAUCUUGGCCCGUUGGAAUUAAUAUUUAAUACUCCGAAACACCAUCGCGUCCACCACGGUUGUAACCUGUACUGCCUAGACAAAAAUUACGGCGGAGUACUUAUUAUAUGGGAUAAAUUAUUCGGAACGUACAUGGAGGAGAAGAAAGAUAAUAAAAUAAUUUAUGGUUUGGUCGUCAGCCCUCAGUCUUUUAAUCCGCUGUAUUUGCAGACGUUUUACGUUUACCAAACAAUCCAAAAGAGUUUACGGAUGUCGUCCGUGGCGGACAAAUUGGCCGUUUUUUGGAAAGGUCCAAGUUGGUUUCCAGGUUCUCCUCGCCUGGGUCUCGACGAAUACAAAGUAAACGUCACAAACAGGUAUAAAUACGAUAACUAUGUGCCUGUGUGGCAAAUCAUUUACAUAACUGUCCACUUCUGUCUUGUUUUCUACGAACACCUUCAAUUAUAUGACGAAACGCAGGAGUUAAAGUCUACGUAUUCCACGAUCAUAGUUAUCAAUAACAUAUGUGCCCUCACUACCAUCGGAUUAUUAUUCGACAAAUCGAAGUAUGCCUGUGUCGCUGAAUUUAUAAGAUGCUUGGUUUAUUUAAGUUUUUUAUUGGUAUACGACGAUUUAACAUAUCAAUUGAUAAUACACGUCGCUUUAAUGCAUAUCGAAUUCACGAUAACCGCGUGGUUGUACUCCGUGUAUCUUGUAUCCUGUUGCAUUUGGAUUUCGUAUUACCUUAUCGUAGGAUGGAAAUAAAAAACUUCUAAUUCAUAUCGUAGAAAAGCUGAUUCAAUUAAUCGUAAUUCAAUCUAUAUAUAUAUUAUACGUGUGUAUGCUGUGUCUGAGCGUAUUGAAAUUUUAUAUUUUCUAUGUAAAGUAAAAUGAAAUGUUACAAGUAUAAAACGGUGUUGAAAGCGUUGACUCAACAGAGUAACAUUGGUAAAAAUAGUCGAUGCAUUAUUAUCUUUUUUUGUACGUACGUUUACAUAAUAAAUGAUAAAUUAUUUUAUAAUGUUAUGCAUUUGUUACAAUUAAUCAGUAUUAUGAAAUGUAUUAUACUUAUAAUAAUAUGUAAUAAUUGUUGUAUGUCAAAUGUACCAUAAAUAAGACCACUGCUACCGAUAGCUGAAGCGCAAGCGUUAACGACAGAGAAGACAUCCUGCUCAUGCUACAUUCCAUCGAGUCAGCGCAAUCUAUUAACAUAAUCUUCGAACAUCCUUGAGCGUGGGCGUCGCGUAUUGCGACGACCCUGUGCAGAAUUUCUCUCCUCCUCGGACGUUUCAACUGCAUUUGUCCUUCCUUUCAUCGUUAUCUAUCGUAAUCUGUAAUUUAGGGAGGAUAAGAUGAAUUAAGGAGAGUGAAAGAUUCGACUCGAAACACGUCCUGCUAGUUGUCCUGUUUAGGGCAAUUCUUCCAAGUUAUCAAAGGUUUGAGACAAUAUAAGGGUCGAAUGACGCGAUGUCAGUGAAGAAGCUAGCUGUAUCUGGAAGUCUGAUAUAAUAAUAUUAGAAUUUCUAUGUUUAAUAUUUUAUUAUAAUAAAAUGAUUUGAGGUAGUUUUGUCAAGGAGUGUAAGCAGCUUCCUUUGAAGGAUUCGAGGUUUUGCGAACAUAACUGUAACAGUGAUAUAUCACUGUUCCAAUGUUCAAUCCCAGUUAUUAAAAACUUUGAGAUGUCAAAGAAAGUGAAUUCGUAUCGUAGGACUGUUACAGUAAACUGUAUUGAAAUUGUAAAAUGCUUUCACCGUUUUUAUAUUUUAUUUUAAGCAAACAACUUUGUGUACCU